UGUCGUCUAAUCUACCUGUGCUUUGUUCACUGCCCCGACCUAGCCAGCUCCCCCUCUCGUAUUACUUCUACAGCGCCAUACACCGUACCUCCAUCCUUCUGCCUGUUGGUCCGGGUCGCAGUACAGUCGCGAUGAUCGUGUGCAUCGCAAUAAUCGGUCGACAGAACGAGCCGCUGUUUCUGCGAACGUACACCGACGCGGAGGGCGAGGAAGAAGAGGACGCCAACCUCCGCCUGCACAACAUCGUACACAGCUCGCUCGACGUGGUCGGCGAGCGAAAAGGCCGAAAGGGCGCUUCCGGCGCGGCGGAUGUGUCAACUGAUAUGUUUCUGGGACACCUCUGCCCGAUCGACGAGUACCGAGUUUACGGCUACAUGACGAGCACUCGCCUCAAGCUGUUGGCGGUAUUGGAGGACGUGAACGAUAUCCGAGAACCAGAGCUAAAGAGGGUAUUUUCGACCGUGCACAACCUUUACGUGAACUACCUCCGAAAUCCUUUCUCCCCCCUGGCGAAACCCGUGGAUUCGGCGAAGUUCCGCCUAUCGGUAGACCGACAAAUCAACGACUACAACUCGUGACGAGUGGUCGUAUUGGCGUCUUGCUCUUGGUGCUGUGUACAAGCUGAGAAGAUGGGGCGGUGGUGGCUCACUGCCGAGUUUCAUGGACGUGUUUUACGCCAUCAACUUGCAGCGAAUGGACGACCCAGAGCCUCGAGGCUGUCCUGCUGUAGUACCUUCGGCUUGCUCUAAGGGUUGCACCCUCUCUUUCCCUAAGGGUUGCACCCUCUAGUAGUCAACGCUUCCAUCGGCCACUUAUGGGCUUGAAAGGAGGAAUACGUGCGUUUGCGUUUCCCCUGCCUGGAAAUGUGUACCUUGGCUUGUCAGGCGUGCAAUUAUCGCCCGGCAUUCUGUCCUAAACGCAAACGACCGGCGGGAUUUCAAGUCCCAGCUUUGUGUUUUUUGAAUGCUGCCUCGGGCACCCCUUAUCGCCCGUACUUCAGGCGAGUAUGGCUUGUUGGUUGCUCCUGUGCAUCGUCAUCGGCGUUAAGCCAACAGGUGACACCAGCAACCCAGAAGUCGAAUUCGGCCGAUGACGGGCGAAGAAGCGAUUGAGAAGGCACCGUACGGAGGGAGAUUGGUGUGGUAUCAGUACAUCAGUGCUUCUCCGCAAACACAUGUGUGGAACAGGAUACAAUUUGGAGCGGACGAAACCUUGUUUUAUUGUUGUCUGACAUGUCACAGAAUUUCUUCAGUAAAGUAGACAGGACCUUGCGCAGUACGGGCAUCGCGAUUCGUUUGGCUACGUACGAUAGGUGGAAAUCGUUUCAGAGGCUGGUCGAGUUGCCGUAUACUUUAGAUCCAAUAACGUGUGCUGCCCAAAGCUCAUGUAUGUUCCUGUACAUGUCCAAGGCCGAUUCCGGCCGGACGUUUCAACCAGGACGCCCGAACGGCAGGGAACAAGCCACCCCCCGAAGUGGCGGACGCGGCGUGUAUGCAUUUUGGGUGCAUAGGCAAAGCCCAACUUAGCCAUCCUAAGGCGAUGUGAUCGUGUUGAGCCAUCUGUAGGUGCGGGUUCUUCAGAUCGCGGCUGGAUUUUAGCAGUCAC